UGUGUGUGUGUGUGUGUGUGUGUGUGUACAGCAUCAUUGACAACGGCAGGGCAUCUUGACGGAGGAUCCCUCUGCUGAAAUGCAGUCUUUCAUCUCUCCGGUGUCCAAGGCGAUUCUGGUGGCUCUGUUCAUUUUUGCCAUUUUGCUGAUCCUCUAUGUGAUCCUGUGGUACAUCUGCCGAGACGUGGACUGCGAUCACGGCAUCUGAUCGGCAUGGACCUUAGGGAGACCAACAAGGAGACCCCGGCGACAGGGUGACCCUCAUCAGUGCGCACCUUAAGUCUUACCCAAGCAAAAUGGAAGGGUUGCCAUAGUGACUGGGGGUGCCCGUGGAAUGGGUUUUGAGACUGCAAGACACCUGGCAAGCCUUGGCAUGCAUGUUGUAAUAGCUGGAAACGAGGAAGACGAAGGCUUGGCAGCUGUCAAGAAGAUUCAUGAAGAAGGCAGCGAUGGGAAAGCUGAGUUUGUUUUCCUGGACUUGGCCUCCCUGAAAUCCGUCCGACUGUUCGUUCAGAAGUUCAAAGCCCGAGGUCUCCCCCUUCACGUUCUGGUUAACAAUGCUGGGAUCAUGCUGGUCCCUGAGAGAAAGACAGCGGAUGGGUUCGAGUUACACUUUGGCCUCAACUACCUUGGCCAUUUCCUGUUGACCAACCUCCUGCUGGAUACGCUGAAGAAGUCAGGAACGCAGGGCCGCUGUGCUCGCAUCGUCACCAUGUCGUCUGCCACUCACUACGGAGGGGUUCUGCACAUGGAUGACUUGCAGAGCAGGGCCUGCUAUAGUUCCCAUGGUGCCUAUUCCCAAAGUAAACUGGCACUGGUCUUCUUCACCUACUACCUGCAGGAGAGGCUGACAGCCGGCGGCUUCCCAGUGACCGCCAACGCUGUGGACCCCGGCAUGGUGGACACAGCACUGUACGACAAUCUCUGCAGCCCAGCACAGGCCGCCAAGAAACCAGUGGCCAAACUGCUGUUCAGGACACCAGCAGAGGGCGCUUCCACAGCAGUCUACGCUGCUGCAGCCUCUGAAAUGGAGGGCGUUGGUGGCUGGUACCUGUACAACGGCCAGAAAACACAGUCAGCCGACGUUACGUACAACACUGACAUACAAGCCAAGCUGUGGAAGCAGAGCUGCAAGCUCGUGGGCCUUCAGGAAGCCUGACAUCGUCACUUCAUCAGUAGUUCUACACCCUCCAGAGCCAUGGAAGGAAUGAGUUCUGCAGCUGGCACGUGGUAUUAAACUACUGAUUGACUUUUUCUUACUCUGCCAGUAAGCCAUCCAGAAUUCCAGACUGUCCACACCAGCCAACACUACAGAUGAUAGCUACACAUCACAUACAAGGUUAUUAGUGGGAUUCAGGUAAAUGGUUGUUGUUUUGAUGAUGCCUUUCAGCAAUACUACAGAGCCCCAGGACGGCCUCUCUUUUUUUCUUUACUAAAUACUACACUGAUAUCAAGAAAUCCCAUUUUGUGCACAUGCCUUGCUUCUUGUGAGCUCUCAAUCUGCAAGCUUGAGCUCUCACAUGGAUGAGACUGGGCCCAGGUUUUGCCUAAUUUAUCUCUCAUCUAAAGAAAAUGUGCCCAUAAUGCCACACACUGGAGCCCUGCUGUUGCAUGAAUGCCCUACCUGACAUUUUGGUGUCCAAGUUGACCAAAAAUGUAUUCAAAAUUUGGAUACCCUCUUAUACACACAAUUCAGUGACUUGAUCUAAAUCAGCGUUCUGAUGCUGGCAGAGUUCAUGCCGGGCUCUCAACAUCUCUCUGUAACGCAUCCCCAUGUUAAAUACAUCUUUAUCAAAGAACCCCAACAACACAAUUUAAUAAUAAGCUGUCAACUUAUCCAUUAAAUUGUGGUCACGUUUUCUUUAGACAAGAGUCUAAAAAAAAGUAUUGUGCACAAAUUAGGAUUUUUGACCUUGAUAUAGUAUUUUGUGUGCACAAAUUAAAAUACAAAGUUUCCAUGGCCUCUCCAGGGCCCGGACAAAGCAGUUUAUCAACAACUUUUCAUGUGUUCACAUUAAUAACAGAGAAAAAGUUGUAACAGUCAUUGACAAUGGCUGAUUUAUAAGGACUCAUACAUAUGAAACCCAAGCUUGUCCUUUAGAUUUUGACCCAUCCUCUCAAAAGUACAAUUACAUAAUGGAUAACAAGGAAUGGAAUGAGAAUAACAAAAACAUACAGUAUUUGUGAGAUUGUCCAGUUUGUUAACGUAGUCAUGAAGUGAUAAGAACACAAGUUAGACACCAAAAUCACCCCUGUGCCAUGUAGGCACCAUGCUAACCCUCUAAUAUGAGCUAAGUUGAUUGAUUAUAGGCUGUUGUGAAGACUUGACCAUACAUAUGUUCCACUCAGGUCAGUUCAGCCUAAUCACUUUAUUGUCCCAGAUGGCAAAUUUGUUUUGCAGUUAGGUAUAACACAUUUGAAAACCUAUAGAACAACACCCAAUCAAACACAGUUUUAUCAAAUAAAGAAGAUACAUCAAGUCAGUUUUCCUGAGACCAGCCCUUAAUAAAAGAUCUGCACAUGAAGUGAUAAUAACAGUAGACACCACACUAACCCUUUAGCAUGUGCUAAGUUUAGUGAUUAAUAGGCUACUGCCAACACUUGACCAUAGUAUAUGUUGGACACAUGAUGUCUCAAUAACAUAAAGUCCAAUGAAAAAUGGCAGGAUAGUUACAUUAUGAUAUAGUAUUAUAUCAUAAUGUAAUUUGUUUUGUUCUGUUUUGAAUGCUCCAGGGACACAUGGGUGAUUUUGGUGUCCAUGUUCCCAGCACUUAAAAGAUAAGGUGACUAACGAGACAGUCUCACCAAAAGGUAAAUCUAAAGCAAUCCCAAGUUGACUCAUGUCACGACAGAAACUGGGUGGAAUGACAAAAGAGUCCGUUGGGUUAGGUGGGUAACAGGGUGGGAAAUUUACUUUUUAUGUAAAUUCUUCCCAAAUCCCAAACUAUUGUGUGUGUGUGUAUUUAUGGCUGCACAGCACAAACUGCAAGCUACUGCCUCAGUUGUCAAUAAUGUAUACAGUGUUAUGAUGUAUGAACAUGGUUUACUUUCUGUGGGGUGAGCAGUUUGCCUUUUUGUUUUUCUGUGGGAAAAUACAGAUGAACUGAGCCCUUGUCAUUGCACAGAUAAAUGUACAGAAGGCUUCGUGUGCCAAAUCCAGCCUCCAUCUCUGAUCAAACUGAAGAGCCUCUGUGUCAGCAAACCAGAAGACAUGGAGGCUUUUCACAUGUCUGUUAGGAUCCUGCCAAGCUCCUCUGGUAAUACGGCUUCUCUGCGUUGAAGUGGCUAAUAAUUAUAGACAAUCUCAGCGCACAAGACGCAUUAAUAUGUAAAUGCCUUAGUAGUGCCUCUUUAAACCUGCAAAUGUCUCUGUAGUGACUUCAGUAAUGUGGCACUCUUCCCCAUCCAUUAUUUCAUACUUGACAUUAUUCGAAAUCUAGGAGGUUAGAGCUGUUCAUGUAUCGUGCAAAGUCACAGAUAAUGCAAAUCACUGGCCGCUCUUUCUGAUUACACUGUUAAUUAGCAUUCAGUGAAGGGCUACCUGAAAUGAAGAUACACCAUGAUUGAGACCUCAUAUGUGUUACAGCUGUGAUAUGGGAUUAUUCUGUGUAGAUACACAGACACAAAACAGAGACCACAGAGCAAGAGAUCUGCCCCACUCUGCAGAAGUGGACUGAGUUUCUAGACAAAGUUCAGCAUCCUGCACCGAGAUUUCCUUCAUUCAGGCUAGGUUGCACCAACAAAGGAUUCAUUUUUGAACCAGGUCAAAUCAUGAUUUACCGGGAAAUUCUGUCGCACCAGCCGAUAAACCUGUCUUAAAAUGAAGAAAGGUUACAUUUAUAAAUGUAUGGAUGCAAAUUAGCUUUUUUUCCCUCUCCUGUAUACUUUUUUUUUUUUUUGUAAACAAGCAUCAGCAUCUUAGUUUAACUCUCAUGAUUUAUGUUAGGUUUAAUCACUUAACUUGGAUUCACUGAAGCAGGGUUAGUUUUUAUGUUAGUUUUGGUGCAACCUAGCCUUAGGAGUCUGCCAAAAUGAGUUUUUAGGUCUGAUACUAACAGAAGCAGCAGAGGCUCUAAUAAUAUUAGUGUCUUCUCUAUUUAUUGCUGAAGCUGCUGUUCGUCAGUAUGUUUAUUGCCGUUCUUCAGUGUCUGAAAUGUUCUAAUUCUCAGUCCAAAUAUACAGAGCACUCAGUUUUUACCUCAGACAUUUGUUCCUGUCAAGGUGGCAAAGCCUCUGAGUCAACAUUUAGGAUCAAAUUUUCCACUGGAGCACAUAAGACUCUCUGUUGAGGGCAGUCAUAUUAAUAAAACAUACUGAAGCAUCAGUCAGUUCAGGGAGAAGGCUUUCCAUAGACAGCCAGUGUACGAUUGAUCCAAUAUACAGUAAAUUUAAUGACAUGAAUCAUAUUAUUUACAUUAUAUUGGAGGUGGAUGAUGCUUACUGGACUGGAUGUUAUUUUUAAUAUAAGGGUCAAUCUACCUGAAGCCUACCAGUCAGUGUGAACUGUGUGGGGAUUCUCUUUUUAGGUUGGAUUUCCCUUUAAAUAACACUUUUGUUUUGGCCUUAUUGAAAUGUAGUUUUAUAUUAAUAACAUAAAUUUACUUUAAUAUCUUAAUAUUAUGUAGCAUCAUAGAAAAAAGUGAACCACCGUUGUGUUGGCUCCAGCUUUGGCCAACAAACUGAGAUGUUGCCAAAAAUCUAAGUGCCAUCUUUUGUUCACUGUAAUCGACAAAACUGAAAAAUCCUGUGGCUACAAAUCAUCUUUUCAUUGAUCGAAUUUAGAUUUUGUAGAUAUUUUUCUUGUAUGUCUGUAAUCGAGAGAUAUUUUUUCAGAUGGCUGUAAAAUCAGAAGAAUGUUGAAUCGGCACAUUGCAUUGAAAUAUUUGUUUAUUCAUGGAUCAUUGAGGAACUUUAGGGCGGUGAGUCGGUGAUUGCUUGAAGAGUUUUUGUUAUUUUUGAAUUUAAUCAUCAUGAACUGUAACUUCACAUUCUUCCAUGUGGCUAAAUUUUCCUUUGUCCAUCCAGUAAUUAAUAUGGGUGUCUCUGAACAUGUUGUUGAACAAGAUAUCAUCAUGCUUUCUGUUCAACUAUUGGUCUAAAAAAAAAAAAAAAAAAGUUCUCUUGUGUCAAAAACAUCCUCUGAAGUACUGUAUGAUUGAUGUGUGUCAGUAUGACCUUGUGAGGUGUUCCCAUUUCUGUAGGACAUGAGAGUCCAAGAAAAUUGUGAUUAUUGUUGAUUAUUUUGCACUUAAAUGGUGUACCAUUAUCACUGUGAAUGAUGCCUUUUUCCCAAUGUGACUUGAUUUUGUGUCAUGUGAGCUGACUUUAUUAUGUCGACCUUGUGUAAUGGACUGAAAAAAAAAAUGUACCACUUGACAGAAGAAUAUAUAAAUCAGUAAGAAACAAA